AUGAAGCUGCCUCAUGUGGUCAUCGUGGAGAAUGGCGCAGGAACAAUUAAGGCGGGCGUAUUGGGUGAUCAUGGAGGUCAACCGAGAAUCAUUCCGAAUGCAAUCAUCAGUUCAAAGGGGAACAAGACUGCAUAUUUCGGCCAUGAAUUUGAGAAAUGCCAGGAUUAUUCUUCGCUGCAUUUCCACCUUCCGUUUGAGAAGGGAUUUCUAGUGGACUGGGACGCGCAGAAGGCAGUGUGGGACGGUAUGUUCUCGAGUGAUUGUCUAGAAGUGGACACGACAGAGUCAUCGCUUCUGAUAACAGAGCCGUAUUUCAACUUGCCCAACAUUCAAGAAGUAUAUGAUCAGUUUGUCUUUGAGGAGUACGAAUUUAAAUCAUAUUAUCGCUGCACUCCUGCGUCGCUUAUACCCCAUGGCACUCUGUUCGCAGGGCCGAGCCUUGAACCACCUGAAUGCAUGAUCAUCGUUGACUCUGGCUUCAGUUUUACCCAUGUUGUCCCCAUCAUGAACGGUUCAGUUCUAUGGAAUGCUGUGAAACGGAUUGAUGUUGGCGGAAAGUUGUUGACGAACCAAUUGAAAGAGCUUGCAUCGUUUCGCCAGUGGAACAUGAUGGAUGAGACAUAUAUCAUGAACGACAUCAAGGAAUCUUGUUGCUACGUGUCGAUAAAUUUUAGAAGGGACUUGGAGAUCACGCACGCAAAUUCAAGGAACAAUGAAAUUGUGCAAGAAUAUAUUCUCCCAGAUUUCUCUGUUCAUCGGCCAGGCCGUAUACGAAGGGCGGGAGAACAGCUGGACGACAACUCUCAGGUUAUGUACAUGAACAAUGAACGAUUCACCGUCCCAGAAGUUAUCUUCCGCCCAGACAACAUUGGUCUAAACCAGUGCGGUCUUGCUACUGCGGUGGCAAGUUCCAUUAAUCUUCUGCCAGAAGACCUACGAGGAAUGUUUUGGGCCCACAUCGGUCUGAUAGGUGGAAAUACCAAUAUACCUGGCUUCCAGGAAAGAUUAACGAAUGAGUUGCGGUCCCUCGCACCCGUUGAAUGUGAAGUGGCGGUACACACGACAAAUGACCCAAUGACAGAGGCGUACCGAUCGGCGGUCGGAUUCGCAAGCAAACCCGAAUUCUUUCAGUGUGUGGUCACGAGAGAAGAGUAUUUGGAAAUGGGAAGCAAGGCGUCCCGUAGAAAAUUCAGAGAUUGGAGACCUAUGGACAGAGAGACGGACAGGGGGCGCGACUCGGCAUUCAAGGGAAGGGGGAUAAGAACAAGAGAAGACGAUGGUGCCAGCAGUCCCCCAGCUGCGAAAAGGGGCACAAAGGCAAGAGGGAGGGGUCGUGGCGCUGGUGUACGGCGGCAAGGCUGA